AUUUAAUCUCUUAGCGUAAAGUUAUCUUCUUAAUUUUGCCAUUGAAAAACUAUUGAAAAAAUAGGCACACAACCAUAACAAUUUUAGAAAUCCACUAGAAAAUCUAUGGUGAAACAAUAAUAUAGUCAAUAGUAAAUCCUUUUUCCUUGUAUUACGCCUCCAACUCUAAGCACCAAAAAUAGACUAUAUCAAUUUUACUAAGCCCAUAUUUUUUUCUUAAUCCUAAAAUCCCUUUUUCCAAUCAAAAAAAAAAAAAAAAUCCUCCUAUAAAAAAUAAUGUAUUUUCAAAAUUUAACCCCUUUUUGUAAUUCUUUACCAUUAUCAAUAACAAAAUUGUGGAAUAUUUUGGCAAUAAUAAUUAGUGUGAUUCUUAUUUCAAAUGUGAAGAUUAGUGAAGGACACAAUUCUCAUCAUGCACAUGUAGUUCCACAUCAUAAGAAUGUGAUUGACGCUCAAAUUUUGACACAAAAAAUUGCCACAAAUAGAACAAUUUUGGUUGAUAUUAAUGGCAAUGGAGACUAUAAAUCUGUUCAAGAAGCAAUUAAUGCAGUUCCAGAUGGAAAUUCCAAUUGGAUUACCAUCCAUGUUAGAAAAGGAGUUUAUAGGGAGAAAGUACAUAUACCCCGCACAAAACCUUACAUAUUCAUGAGAGGAAAUGGCAAAGGUAGGAGCUUUAUUAUUUGGUCACAGAGCUCUGAUGACAACAUUGAGUCUGCAACUUUCAAGGUUGAAGCCCCUAAUUUUAUUGCAUUUGGAAUAAGCUUCAAGAAUAAUGCACCAACAGGGGAAGCCUACACCUCACAAAAUCAAUCAGUGGCUGCGUAUGUAGCAUCAGACAAGGCUGCAUUUUACCAUUGUGGAUUUUUCAGCACUCACAAUACUCUGUUUGAUGCCAAGGGCAGACAUUAUUAUCAAGGAUGUUACAUUCAAGGUUCUAUUGACUUCAUCUUUGGUCGUGCUAGAUCCAUUUUUCAUGAUUGUGAGAUCUUUGUGCUAGUGGAUCGAAGGAUAAAGAUCCAUGGCUCAAUCACAGCACAAAACAGAGAAAGUGAAGAAGAACCAAGUGGAUUUAUAUUCAAUAAAAGCAAGAUUUAUGGAACUGGCCAAAUUUACUUAGGUAGAGCCAAAGGAGCCUACUCUAGGGUGCUCUUUGCUAAUACUUACUUUUCUGGGACUAUUACUGCUGAAGGAUGGACUAAUUGGAGUUACAAUGGCCCAACUGAUAAUUUAUAUCACGCGGAGUACGAAUGUCAUGGACCUGGAUCAAGCACAUGGGAACGAGCUCCAUGGAGUCGCCGUAUAAACCAGGAAGAAGCAUCUAAACUUCUUUCCAUGGAUUUCAUUGAUGGCAAGGAAUGGUUACCAGCAUGGAUGGACUAAUCUCAUAAUACUAUUUGUUUUGGAUUCUAUAUUUAUUAUUAUUAUUAUUAUUAUUAUUGGAACAUUUUAUGGUUCAAUUAUUUGAAUUA